UCCCUAAAGAAAAAAAAAAAAGAAAUAUCGUAGAGAAGAGCGACGCCAGAAAAGUCUGUAAAAGAAGGAAAGCGAUAUUUAAAGAAUAAUUUGGUUAAAACUGGAGCAAAUAGGUACAAUCCCGUUGACAAGCACACGGUGAUCAAAGUAAGUCUAAUUCCCUCGUUUUGAAGGAAACCGAUUCGCUUCAUUGGACAGGGCGACGCUUUCCUGGGCAACAGGCAGGUCUUCUGCUUAAAAUUUUAAUAGCACUGUUGCUACCAUGCCACUCCACAAAUCAUCUCGAACCCCUCGUCUGGACCCCACCAUGAUCUCUGCUCCCCUGGGGGAUUUCCGUCACACCAUGCACAUUGGUCGUGGUGGAGACGCUUUUGGUGACACCUCCUUCCUGUCCAGCCAUGGCCCCUCUGGUCCUAAUCCCAACUCUGUGCAACCAGUCGGGGAAGCCACUGUAGAGACCGCAGACAUUCAGAUGAACCAUAAUAAUGAUAUUGAAUAUGCUGAAGAAGAUAUCGGUCCAAGUGAGCUCCGGCACGCCGGUUCAGUUUCCUCCUUUGACCUCGACUUCGAUUUAGGGCCUUCGAUUUUAGGAGAUGUACUGGGAGUGAUGGAUGGACUGACCAUGGGUUUUCACAAAGACAGCGAAGAGGUGUUUAGUCCCAGCAAGAGCACAAGAGAUGUGAUGAUGUCGCCAAGGAGUGCUGCCAAUGAGUUGAAUGAGAGGAUGAGAAUGGAAAGCGUGACCAAAGAGGUGAGCCAACAAGAUGAGCAACUGAACGAGAUGAAUGGCGUGAAAUCAAAAGGGCUCAGGCCUAAAGUGCGAUUCAGCGACAAGCGUGAUGAGAUCAUCGGUCGGCAGGAAGCAAUUGAGGGGCUAGACGUGGAAGGUGAAGAAGAAAUGAGCUUGAGACCAAAUAAGGAGAUGCAGGAGAUUAGUGGGAGAAUAGUUUACGACAAAGACCCAAGACAAGCAGAGAUGGUUAAUCGGAAGGAGGACAACUCUCCAAGCACCUCUUCCUCAAUGAGCUCAGAAUAUGAGGGAGUCUCACCGUUGGACCGGAGGAGAGAACACCAACAUCUUUCAGAAACAGAUUCAGAGGAGGAGGGUGUCAAUGGAGAACAAGGAUACACUUUUGAGGACGAGUUUGAUGAUGAGAUUGGCCUAUAAUAGGACAUUGCGAGCGAUUUGAGGACCAAAAAUAAGUCAUUAGCAGAAUUUAUGGAUCAUG